UGCUCAAUAUAGCUUUUGUGAAGUAAAGGAAAACCUAAUGGGUUCGACACUGGGAAUGCUCGUUAAUGUUGUGAGUUUUCCAUUACAGUUAUUGUGGAAAAUAACUAGAGAGUGGCUUAAAGGACAUGAGAGAAAUCUAGUAAAUAUACAGAAAGAUAAAAGCUUUGUCCUACGCAUAAGGCAAUUUGUAGUUUUCCUGUAUCUUUCAUUAAGACAAAGGUUUCUCAAACGGCGCCUUGUGGAUAUAACAACUGAUUAUAGUAAGGGGGCGAUUAAAUUUGGAGUUAUUCCAUCCGAAGAAGAACGAAACUUGGAAAAUCCUCGACAACUGAAGAAUGUUUAUGAUUUCGACGAGAUAUUUUUCUGUGGAUUUAAUUCUGGUGGUGACUCUAUAAUUCUACGAAUGACCAGAAGAGGGAGUAACGAAGCGGGAGUUCAGUUUUAUUUGAAAUAUGCAGCAACAAACGAUAUUUACCAGCUUCCUUUCCAUCCGGAAACUAACGUUUUGUACAGAGAGAGAGAUGGUUUUUCUGCUGCUGGAUUUCGAAUAAGAUGUUUAAAUCCAAUAAGAAAUUGGAGAAUUUCUUAUAAUGGGCUCUUAAGGAAAAUCACUCCAGCUGGAGAUCGGGUUCAAGAAGAUGUUCAUGUAAAGUUUUCAUUCAUAUGGGCUGUGACUAGUUUGCCCUUCGAUUUCAAGAUCGAUUUCUGUCCCAGACUUCUUAGUCAAGAUUUGGCAAACUGUACUUGGAAUCGAGGUUUUCCAACUUACGAAAGGAUCACCAAGAUACAAGAUCGUUAUGACCAAUGGGGCCAGUGGAGAGGGACAGUUCAUUUUGAAGAUCAGGAGGACAAAGAAAUGCUAUUGUGGGGAAUGAAAUCCAGACAGAGCGGUUCAAUUGACAGGACUAUUUAUGGUCGUUAUAUUCAUCUAUAUGGCUGGAUGAAAGAUGGCAUGACAUUCAACAUCAGCCUUGUACCCUUAUCAAGUUUUUGUACGCACUUACGCUGUGGGUACAUUGUUCACCCAAAUCAUAACGUAUAUCCUCUGCAAGGUUGUGACCUAACUCUGCCAUCAACUGGACAACUGUGGUCUGAGUGGACUAUAACGUGCCUGGCAGGGGAUAAAUUGUAUAAGAUUUCAAUUACUUUGGGAGAAGAAAGUUUUCGUUCCUUUGUUGGAUCCCAAUGGGAACAUAGAGAAUACACCAGAUUGGCAAACUUCUCAAUACAGGAUGAGCUAGGCAAGGGCGUUGUGAUGUAUGGUGAAAGGAACGAAAUACCAAGACCUAUAAAAGAAACAGAAAAAAUCGAACACGUUUUUAAUCUUGAUAUAGGAGAGAAAGGAGAUGUGGUCAUUCCUCAGGUCUUAGAAAUUAAUGAUUCUUGGUGCAUGAGUUCGACAGUAGCUGGAGGGAAAGGAAUGUCUGUGUCAUGCUUAAUGAAACUGAGUACUGAGACUGGACAGUUUUACGUUCCUAAUGGUAUUGUACUAAGUACUGCUGCCUAUCGACGCCACCUAGCGGAACAUCCUCAAUUGGAACGAGCUCUAAACACUGUCCGAAAAGCUGCCAGCCUCCAAAGCACUGAAAGCCUGAAGAAAGCCUGUUCUAGAGCUUUUGAGGAAUUUUCACAAACUUCAUUGAGUGAAGAACUGAAAGAUGAAGUUGCUAGUAUGUUAAAGAAAGUUUUCUCGCAAGAUGUCAGUGAAUUGCGAUUUGCUGUACGUUCAUCGGCUGUAGGAGAAGAUAGUUCUGAUACUUCUGCAGCAGGACAGAUGGAAACCACAUUGGGAGUAAAAGGACUUGCUGAAAUCCACACAGCUAUUGAACGAAGUUGGGCUUCUUCUGUGACAUUUACAGCUGUACAAUAUCGCAAGCAGAAUGGACAAUCAGUGGAAGCUGACAUGGCAGUGGUCAUUCAGGAGAUGGUGCCAUCUGAAGUGGCUGGAGUGAUGUUUACUGUUCAUCCGGUCACAGGACACCCGUCCUAUAUCUCUGUCUCUGCUAACUUUGGGCUAGGGGAGUCUGUGGUGUCCGCAGCUUCGGAACCUGACACAUACACUUUACGGAAAUUUGGCGAAGCAGACGUUAUUCUUCACGAUCGUAUUCUGGGAAAAAAGGGGACAAUAUUCAAAAUGACGGAAGAAAGUGGAACGAAAAAAGAAGCUACAACGAAGACGGUCUCAUCUGAGUGGUGCCUUUCGAAAGAAAAAGUUGAGACACUUGGAAAACUGGGUAUUUUAGUAGAAUUGGCAUUUGGUUCUUCACGUGACAUUGAAUGGGCUAUCAGUAACAACAAUUUCUUUCUACUUCAGGCUCGUCCUGUAACCACAGAAGACAAGUUCACUGAUUACGAACUGGUGCAUGGCUUAGAUACAGGGUUACCAACAGAAAAUGAGUAUUUAAGUAUAGCGAACCUUGGGGAAGUUAUGCCAGGGGCUACGUCGCCAUUGUGCUUAACUACAACAUAUAUUACUCUAAGGUCGGCGUUCAUGUUACAUUUGCACCACAGGCGAGGUUCAUGGCACCCAUUCAUUCCACUUUUCUGCUCUGAUCACAUCAUGUCUCACAAUCAUAGCAUGUUUGCUAUUGAAGAGACUAUUAUGAAAGAAGUAGAAGAAGAAGACAGUCUGAUCUCACGAGCGUGGGAGCUGUCUAUGUUUGGUAGAUUUUUGGAAGAACGAGAGCAGAUCAGGCAGAGAGUAAUUCAUCGAUUUGGUUACCUUCCAAAGACAGUUAAAUGGAAAACGUUGUUGUAUAUAAUGGUGGAUGCAAUCUGUCCCGAGAGAUCAGUGGAAAAUGUCAAGCAGAAAGUUUUGAAUUUUCGACUUCCUCCGGAAGUUAUGAAAUCAUCUAAGACCUUGUAUGAAUAUUUAACCUUGCACCUUACAGACCUGAUAGAGGUUACACUCGUUCACGAUGUUGUUUCCACGUUUUCCUCAGUGAUGAACACUUUAUUGUUUGGUCAAAUAAUUGAUAGUUAUAAAGAAAACAUUGGAGAACUGUUAAAAGACAUGGCGAACCUUAUUUCUGUCGGGAAGAAUGUUGAAAGUGCUAACGUUCCGAUACAGAUUCAGGAACUGGCAACUGAGGUUUAUAAAUCCGGUUUUUCAGACACAUUUGAAGCUAUGGAGAGCCAAGAUGCGCUGCAGUGGUUGAGAACAGAUAAAGGCACAGUGGGAAUCAAAUUUCGAGAUUUUGUUUCAACUCAUGGACAUCGUUGUCUAAAAGAGUUGGACUCCUUGAUCAAGCCGUGGAAUGAAGAUCCUGAGAGUAUAGUGAAGACAUUGCAGGGUAUGAUGAAAACUGUUCAUCAUAUACCCACAGCUAAACAGAAAGUAUCGAUUGAUGAAGCUAUCGAUCAGCUGAAGUAUAAACCAGCAAUGUUUUCACGAUUGUUCCUACGUUUUCUGGUCUCUCAAGCACGCCGGGGAGUUAGCAUUAGAGAAGCAAGUAAGUCUGUUUUCGUGAAAUCCGUGGACAAUUUUCGGAAGGGUUAUCGUUUAUUGGGAAAAUUAAUGGUUAAAGAAGGAAGACUUCCUGAACCUGACUUGCUUCACUUCUUCACUAAUGAAGAGAUCCGAGAGCUGUUGACAACGAGGUCUUCACAUUUACUCUCAACUGCCUUUCGCAGACGCAAACUUCACGAGAAAUUGGAUGCUAUGAUCUUUCCAGAAAUUAUGAUUGGUGAACCCAAACCAGUCAUCGCAGAAGAAUGUGUGAAUGUCUAUUCAUCUCUUCAAGAACUACGAGGUGUCACAGUUUGCCAAGGAGUUGUGAAGGGCGUUGCUCGUGUAGCUAGAAACCUUACCGAGGCCUCGAAUAUACAGCAAGGAGAUAUUCUUGUUGCCCACUCAACUGACAUUGGGUGGUCUCCGUACUUUCCACUUCUGAGUGGCAUUGUUACGGAGUUGGGUGGUCUGAUCUCCCAUGGUGCUGUGGUAGCGAGGGAAUAUGGCCUUCCUUCACUUGUAGCAGUCCACGGUGCAACGACCAUUCUGAAGACUGGUGAUCUGGUAAUUCUUGAUGCUACACAAGGUGUACUGAAGAAGAUGGAAGAGAGAAAAGAAGAAUAGCUCAUCAUGAUUAUAAGCUCUUAACAUUGGUGAUAUUAUACAUAUGUCACAAUGAAAAUGGAAUUGAUUUUGCUCUUUUUAGGUGUGUUUUUGGAUGGGCUUUCUUUCUCUGAUGUAGAAUCGAUGCAAAAUGCAUAAGAUUACGUAUGUUCUUUCUGAGCUUGUUGAUUCAAAAUAUUUCAAUUAUUGAAUAUUUAUAUAAAUUGCA